GAAUCUCUUCUCUCCUAUGUUGACACGUGUAAUUUUAGGUUUCCCAACCCUAGGGGCAAAUUGUGUAUUUGUAUAAUUUUUGUGUACCAAAUAUCAUAAAACUGCUGAAAAUAAAAGACACCGUUCCAUAAAAAAAACCCCUUUUCAUCUUCCUUCAAUUAUCUGCACAAUACAGUCUCCUCAACUGCAUACACAAACAAUCGAACAGUUUUUAUACAGCAGUUUUAUAACUUCUCAUCCCCAAAUUCAUGUCUUAUUAUAUGUACAUCAACUCGAAUCCUUCAAUCCUUCACAGAAAUCCCUCUAUCCUUCACAGAAAUCGUUCACAUCUAUCAUUCCAGGAAAUUGAAGAUAUCAAAAUUCCGCCGGUAGAUAAAUCAACAACCUUUCCGGCAAAAGAUAAAUCAACCAAAUCGUUUGCCAUCGGAAACCCUGCGAACGGUGCUCGCAAUAUCAAGUAUGGCGCCGGCGCCACCACAGUUUACAUGUUUCAAUGAUAUUACACCCGAACGAUAUAACUGGAAAGUGAUGGCGCGGGUGAUUCGGCUGUGGAAAGUUCCUAGCAAAGCCGAUCAAACUAUUAUUAAUAGCCUUGAUAUGAUCUUGGUCGACGAGCAGGGAGGAAAAAUUCACGCGUCUAUAAAAAGGACUCAAGUCAACAAAUUUUACAGUAUUCUGAAAGAAGGCCAGAAUAGUAUUUCUAAUGCUUUCCACAGCUCAAGAUUGUUAAUAAAUGAAAACUCCGAACCACAUCGAGAGUAUAGAGAAAAACUCUUAAUGCAAGACGCCGCGUUGACACAAUCAAUCAGCGUGAUAUCAAACCAGAGGUCGACAGGGAUUGCAGAUGAUUUGUUGCAGACAGAGCAAAUGACAAUAAUUGAUUUGAAGAAUUGUACUAUUGAACGCAAUGUUGUUGUACUUGCCAAGGUUAUUGAUAUCGAUCCUGAUACUAAAUGGUGGUAUACUGCAUGUUCUAAAUGUUACAAAAAGGUAGAGCAUACAAGUGCAAAAUUCUAUUGUCCAAGAUGUGUAAAGGAUGCUGAUCCAAUUCCAAGGAUUCAAGUAUUGGUAUUUGACACUACUGGAUCCACUAAGUUGGUCAUGUUUGAUAAAGUCGUCAACAAAAUUGUGGGCAAGCCAGCAAAAGAACUUAUUGGUGAUGUAGAUAAAGGUGAUUUGAGUGAUACAAUUCCUAAAGAAUUUGAUGCCAUCAUCAACAAGGAAUUUCUGUUCAUGAUAGAUAUUAGUGCGAUGAACAUAUCAAAAAACUGGUCAGUUUAUACUAUAAAAUCAAUGUCAGCUGAUGAAGAAGUUAUACGGCAGUUUCGUGCAAUGCAUUCUAUUGAGGUGUUUGUUGAUGACGAUGAUUACUCAAAUGGCGACAAUACUAACCAGCAAGACGACAAUUUGGAUAAUUUUAUCGACCAUGAUGAUGAUACGAUACCAAUCAGUAAAUUGCGUGAAAAAAGACUUGAUGACGACAACUUGGAUGAUUUCGUCGAUCCUGAUGUUGAUGCGACACCAAUCAGUAAAUUGCGUGGUAAAGUACUUGGCUACGACAACUCGGAUAUCGUCAACACUAAUGAUGACAACACCCCAGUAAGUAAAUUGUGUGGUAAACGACUUGGUGAUGUACCUGGCGCUAGCUCUUCUAAUUCAUCCGACGAUGGAACUACACAAACUUCAACUACCAAGCCAUACAAGAAAAUUAAAAUAGAAAAACCGUGACGUACAUGUCCUAGAGAUUAUUGUGUUGUUUAUGACAGUACAAUAGUAUUAAACAUUGUUGUACUUUCGAUUAAGAACUCCAGUUUUAUGUUGGUAUGCUUCAACAGUUUUUUUAAUUAAGUCUUUCUUUUUUAAUUCAAACUCCAACUUCCAAUUGCAACUUUAGGACAACUGGCGGUAGAUAGAUUUCAUAUAUUCUCAAUAUUAUUGUUAUUUUCUUCCUCA